CACUGCCUUCGCCGGACGCCCUCGCAAGUUGCAGUUUCGCUCAGUUAGGUAACAGAAAUUUGAAAGUUACAACGGCUCCAAAGGUCGCAAGCCACGGACAAUAUGACUAACAAGGCUCAUGGCACAUCUCAUCUAUCGCUUUUCUCAACUCAGGAUGUUCUGUCCUUGCCCAAAACUUCUACAGAUCAACCUUCCCUUCAUCACGCUCUCUACAUUAUCAUCAAACCAGUCAACUCCCACGAAGAAGAAAACCUUCUCCCAUAUUUUCCAAGAUUGUGCAGAUCAGAAAUUCCUGGACAUAGGGAAACAAGCCCAUGCUUACAUGAUCACCUCUGGUUUCAGCCCGACUGUCUUCGUCUCCAAUUGUUUAAUAUACAUGUACAUCAAAUGCUCUGAUAUAGAUUAUGCUUCUAAGGUAUUUGAGCUUAUGCGUCAAAGAGACACAGUUUCUUGCAACGCAAUGAUCUUCGGCUAUGCUGGGUCUGGAGCCAUGGCCCUUGCUCAAUCCAUUUUUGACUUGAUGCCCAAUAGAGAUGUCAUCUCAUGGAAUUCUUUGAUUUCUGGGUACCUGCAGAAUGGUAAUUUUCAGAAACCCAUCGAUCUCUUCUUACAGAUGAGAGUAAUGGGAAUGGUGCUGGAUCGUACCACUUUUGCAGUUGUUCUUAAAUCAUGUUCGGCUUUGGAGGCAUGUGAUCUUGGCAUUCUAAUUCAUUGUGUUAUCAUCAAAAUGGGUUUUGACUGUGAUGUAGUAACAGGUAGUGCCCUUGUAGAUAUGUAUGCAAAGUGUAAGAGCUUGAAUGAUUCACAUAAAGUUUUCCUUGAAAUGCCUGAAAGGAAUUUGGUUUCUUGGAGUGCAAUAAUUUCUGGCUGUGUUCAAAAUGAUGAACUUGUUGAUGGUUUACAACUGUUUAAGGAGAUGCAGAAAGCUGGAAUUGGGGUAAGUCAGUCUACAUAUGCUAGUGUUUUUAGGUUAUGUGGGGGUUUACCGUCAUUGAGACUGGGCUCUCAAAUGCAUGGACAUGCUUUGAAAAACAAUUUUGGAUACGAUGUCAUAGUUGGAACUGCCAUUUUGGACAUGUAUGCGAAAUGUGAUUUUCUAAUCGACGCUCAAAGGGUGUUUAACUGGCUGCCAAUGCAUAAUUUGCAGUCUUGGAAUGCCAUUAUUGUUGGGCAUGCACGCAAUAAUCAAGGUUUUGAAGCUUUACAACUAUUUCAGCUCAUGCAGAGCUCUAGUGUUGGUGUGGAUGAGAUCAGUCUAUCUGGUGUUUUUAGUGCUUGUGCGGUGACUCAAGGGUUUCUUGAGGGGGUACAAAUUCACGGGUUAGCAAUUAAGAGUGGUUUUGAGUCCAAUAUCUGUGUGACAAAUGCGAUCUUGGACAUGUAUGGGAAAUGCGGAGCUCUGGUCGAAGCACAUGGAGUGUUUAAUCAUAUGGACCGAAGAGAUGCUAUCUCUUGGAAUGCAAUUAUUGCUGCCUAUGAGCAGAAUGGCUGUGAAGAGGAAACACUCUUUCUCUUCAGUUCAAUGCUCCAUUCAAGGUUGGAACCCGAUGAAUUCACUUAUGGCAGCAUACUAAAGGCAUGUGCAGGUUGGCAAACCCUGAACCAUGGGAAGGAGAUCCAUGGUAGAAUCAUCAAGUCAGGGUUGGGCUUGGACUUAUUUGUUGGAGGUGCUCUUGUGGACAUGUACUCUAAAUGUGGAACUAUGGAAGAAGCAGAGAAGCUCCAUGACAGAAUAGAGAAUCAAACAAUGGUAUCAUGGAAUGCUAUUAUUUCUGGAUACUCACUGCAGAAACAAAGUGAGGAAGGCCAGAAAUUCUUUUCUCGGAUGUUAGAAAUGGGGCUUCAGCCUGAUAACUUUACUUAUGCAACUGUUCUUGAUAAUUGUGCCAAUCUGGCCACCAUUGGACUUGGGAAGCAAAUCCAUGCUCAGAUUAUCAAGCAAGAUUUACACUCAGAUGUUUUCGUAUCCAGCACUCUUGUUGACAUGUAUUCAAAGUGUGGAAACAUGCAAGAUUCUCGACUUAUGUUUGAGAAGAUGCCUGAGCGGGACUUUGUCUCAUGCAAUGCAAUGAUCUCUGGCUACGCACAGCAUGGUUUGGGAGAAGAGGCUCUGAAGAUAUUUGAAAAGAUGCAACUCGAGAAUGUAAAACCAAACCAGGCAACCUUUGUUGCAGUCCUUCGAGCUUGUGGGCAUGUUGGCCUGGUUGAGAAAGGGUUACACUAUUUCCAUUUGAUGCUUCAGGAUUAUGGGUUAGAUCCUCAGUUAGAACAUUAUACAUGCAUGGUUGAUAUAAUUGGACGAUCAGGAAAGGUUGACGAGGCAUUGAAGCUAUUAUCUGAGAUGCCAUUUGAAGCUGAUGCUGUUAUUUGGAGAACUCUUCUGAGUGUUUGCCAGAUCCACAGGAAUGUAGAAGUGGCAGAGCAAGCUGCCAGAUCUAUUCUGGAACUGGACCCUCAAGACUCUGCUGCUUAUGUUCUCCUGUCAAAUAUUUACGCUGAAGCAGGAAUGUGGGGUGAGGUUUCAAAGAUAAGGAGGACGAUGAGACAGAACAGGCUGAAGAAGGAGCCUGGUUGCAGUUGGAUUGAGGUAAAAAGCAAGAUGAAUACAUUUCUUGUUGGUGACAAGGCUCAUCCGAAGUGCAAAGAGAUAUAUAACAUGCUUGAUGAGCUGAUCAGAGAAAUGAAGUGGGUAGGUUAUGUACCUGAUGUUGAUUUUGUUCUUACCGAUGAGGAAGAGGAACAACAUGAGCUGUGUGAAGAGCUUGCAUCAUGUUUGUAGUUCAUGUGGCUUCGCAUGACUAAGCAACCAUCCGAAAAUUUCA